AAUCUCAUCAAAAUGCAUGAACCCAAAUCCCAAUUCCAAACCUAUAUAAAAGCCCCUUCUUACUACUCUCACUUUCAUCCCUCAGCCUCCACAUCAAUAUUCCUCUUAAUUCUCUAUCCCCGUGUGUGAUUUAACUAUUUAGCGACGGACUGUAAAGCCGCAAUGCCUUCAGCAACGGUAAACUUGGUGUCCAAAUGCACCAUUUUCCCAUCGGAAAAAUCAUCUCGUACUGAUCUAAAACUCUCCGUCUCCGAUCUUCCUAUGCUCUCUGUUCACUACAUUCAAAAAGGUUGUUUAUUUACUCGUCCAUCUUUUCCUAUUGCUCAACUCAUUUCCCUUCUUAAGCUCAGUCUUUCUCAGACUGUCACUCACUUCCCUCCGCUCGCCGGACGAUUUGUUACGGAUUCAGAUGGCUACGUCUACAUUACUUGCAACGAUGAAGGAGUUGAUUUUGUUCAUGCUACAGCUACUCACAUUUCCAUUCGCGAUGUCAUAGGCUCUAUUGAUGUUCCUGAUCAUGUUAAGGAGUUUUUCCCUUUGGACAGAACGGUUAGCUAUCGAGGGCAUUUUAUCCCUCUUCUAGCUGUCCAGGUGACGGAAUUAGCUGACGGCGUAUUUAUUGGAUGCGCCGUCAAUCAUUCCGUCACUGACGGGACUUCCUUUUGGAAUUUCUUCAAUACAUUUGCUGAGGUGAGUAGAGGUGUGAAAAGGAUUGUAAGGCAGCCGGAUUUUACACGUGAUUCUGUUUUGAUUUCAAAUUCUGUACUGAAACUCCCGGCUGAUGGACCGAAAGUUACUUUCGCCGGCGAUGCUCCUUUGAGGGAGAGGAUUUUUAGUUUUAGCAGGGAAUCAAUUCAAAGACUGAAAGCGAAGACGAACCAUCAGAAAUUGAAUUUCGACGGAGAAAUCAAUAUUGUUGAAUUGAUGUCAAAACAGAGCAACGAUCCACUGAAAAUCAAAACAGAAACGGAGAAGAUAAAUCCAACGGCUGAGAUCUCAUCAUUUCAAUCACUCUGCGCAUUGCUCUGGUGUGCAGUGACACGUGCAAGGAAAUUCCCAGCUUCGAAGAUGACGACAUUCAGAAUGGCUGUAAAUUGCCGUCACCGUCUCCAGCCGAAGCUAAAUCCGUUAUACUUCGGCAACGCAAUUCAGAGCAUUCCGACUUACGUAUCAGCAGGGGACGUAUUAUCUCACGAUCUACACUGGUGCGCGGAGCAAUUGAACAUAAACGUGAAGGCACACGAUGAUGUUAUGGUGAGGAAGUUCGUAGAGGAUUGGGAAAAGGAUCCACGGUGUUUUCCGUUGGGAAAUUUCGACGGAGCUAUGCUAACAAUGGGAAGCUCACCGAGGUUUCCAAUGUACGAGAACGAUUUCGGGUGGGGAAGACCGGUUGCUGUUCGGAGUGGACGGGCGAAUAAAUUUGACGGGAAGAUAUCAGCGUUUCCGGGGAGAGAAGGAGGAGGAAGUGUGGAUUUGGAGGUGAUUUUGUCACCGGAAACAAUGGAUGCCCUUGAGUCUGAUCCGGAAUUCAUGCAGUUUGUUAUUGGCUAUUGAACUUUUCUUUUAACAUAGUAGCUUUUGCUCUUUGUGAUUUUACUCAAUUUGUAUUCAGUUGUGAUUAAUGUAAUUGAGUUUAACCUUUGUUGAAUUGCUAAAAACUAUUACUAUUUCGA